AAUAAAAGGCUUUCUAUUCUAUUUUUUUCUAUAGCGUACCACUACCAGCAGGGGGGUAUAGCGCGGUGACGUCACCAGCAGAACUCUCGAACUAGCACGCUGUCAUGUGACAUGACGUAUGAGGAAGCAAUUAAAAACAUGCUCCGAAGCCGCGACGCGCUGUGAUAUGAGAGAUGUGUACAGCUUUUAAACAGUUAAUGAAACCCAUCAAUUCUUUAUUUAUGUUUUUUUAUUAAGUGGAGGGUAACGGUGUUUCGUUGACCUGACAAGAAGGAUAGUUCAUUGUCAAGAUUGUUUAGCUUCACGUUAUAUUGAAUGGGAAUAAACGAAGCUAACUAACUUAUGACUUCAUUGUGAACAUGUGCAAGUGUAGAAAUCAAAUUACUAAUGAUCAAACUUAAAAAUGGCAUUUGCGAACCUCUUUAAAACUCUGUCUCCUGCUGAAGGACAUCAUGCCAUCCCAUGUCAAUCAACUCAACCACACAAAAAUGGGGUCCAAGAGGUGUGUGCCACACAAAGACCAACCCCUUGUGGACAGCAGACUGGUCAGAAGAAGAAAAAGAAGCACCAACAUCUGAAUCAAGCCAUGGCCGCAAAGACUCACGGACCUCCGCGGUUCUAUGACUAUGACAGCCCAGCCCCCUUUAAUCACAGAGGGAGAGGCCAGUUCCACCACAGAGGUGCCUUCUCCCAGAAAAAUAACCACCACAACAACAGGCAGGAAAACGCAAAUAGUCAGAGCUACAGGGGUGGGUUUCCCCGUGGACGACAAUUUCAUCAGGGUGACCGUAGAGGAUGGUUUCCUAGGGGAAGAGGAAGAGGACACAGUCAAACGCAUCAAAACAAACGGGGUCCAGCAGUCGAAAGAGUCCGGCACAUGACCCAGGAGUUCAAGGACCAGAACGCGCUGGAGGUCGACGGGCAGUUUUUGUGUAAACACUUCCUGAUGGGCAGAUGCACCAAGGGCGAGGAGUGUCAGCUGGUGCAUGCCAUCACCAAAAAUGAUCUGAUCAAAGACGUGUGUAAAUUCUACAUCCAAGGUUCCUGUUCCAAAGGAGAGAGCUGCGUAUACAUGCACAGCUCCUUCCCCUGUAAGUAUUUCCACCAAUGGGGGAAGUGUGCCAAAGAAGGCGAGUGCCGGUUUUCCCAUGAACCCCUCACCGAACUGACCAAACAACUGCUGGAUCAGGCCAUACAGCGGGACAAGGAUCUCAGUGAGACGGCACGGAACAAGGAGCAGGAGAGCCUCGCUCCCCCAGCGGCGGCAGACCAGGGGGGCGCUGCCGCGGGGGCCUGCGACCCUAAACCUGACAUACUGCUGCAUCCCAUCAGGCCACAGUUUUACAACAGUUCAUGUCCCGAGGAACCAACCGCCGAGCUAGAGGACCUGAUCGGUGUUGAGCCGGAUCGUGGUCCCGAUCGCAGUGGGAGUGCUUCCCCGUCCUGCGGGCCCCCAAAUUCCAAAGCGGUUCCCUAUUCGGUGGAAGCGGUGCUCGCACCCGGGAUUUCCAAACCUUUUCCGUCGCUUUUUGGGUCAAACGGGGACUCUGCCUCCUCGUCUUCCCCACCGCGUUCUUUUGCUCCCCUGUCGGUCCCGGCCCACCGGGUAGAGGCGCCGUACUCCGUGGAGGCCGUCCUCAGGUCGGUCAAGUCCGUCGGAAGUUCUAACUUGACCCCCGCCAGGGAACCGCCUCCAUCCGCCAAUCCUCCGUGGACCUAUUACGGUUCGGACCUUUCCAAGGAGUUCCCAAAACCUUCCCGGUUCUCGGGGCCGUUCCGUGGAAAGGAUUUGCGUUUGAAACGCGACACCGGGGAAGCAAUUGAAGCCAAAGCAAGGCCGAACGGAAAUCAAGAUGUUCCAUCCUCGAAUCAGGAUCAUAAACAAGCCGAACGCUGUCUGCCUGUGAAUAAAUGUGUCCCUCCGUACUAUCAGAGCUCUCCAGAGGGCAUUGGAGUAGUUAUCAACUCAAACAGUUCGACGGAUGUCCGUGUUCCACCCGUUCAACCGGAAACCCGACCAGCUGAGGAAACGAAGAAAGCCUUCCACAGCCUUUUCGCAAGCCCUCUGAAUCAGAACGUCUUCAACCCUCCCCGUCUCACACCACUUCCUGCUGCGGCACCGUCAAACCCCAGACGCUCUGCACCGUCACCUACACGCGCUACACCUUCAACAAACAGGAAGGAGAAGGCUGCUUCUACUGACUCUUACACUGGCCACAAUACACACGUUCCAGCAAGGCCUCUCGCUCUCAAACCUGAACACGGACCAAGUGCGGCCUUUAAGGUCGCUAAGCCAGCAGUGCCUUCUGGCUCCAAGUCCCAGAGCACAGAGUCACCCGGCCCCUCUCCCCAAGCCAAGACGGCUCGCCGAGCGAGCGCACCGACUCACUGCGAUCGAUCUGUACUGGGACGUAGUAAGCCUGUGAAACGGCCCUACCACAGCAGUAUGGCGAGCUCAGGUACUGACACCGAUGAGGACUUGCCUCCCUUACAGAUCGCGAUGGACCCGAUGGUCGGUGCUUCCGAUUCCCCAGAGCCGAGCGAGGCGGAGCCGCCGGUCAAGGCCAGCGCGGGGGUGCUGCGCGGUCUGUUUGCGACCCCCAUCCACCAGACUACUGCUACUGCGCCGGCUCCCUCGACCCCGGGGCACCGGGGUCCUUGGGAGCCUCGCCCUGCAGGGGGCAGCGGUGCACACCCCACCCGGACCCCUGGUGCUGCAGGCUCACCUGCGUCUCGUCCGGGGCCAAAACAUCCGAAGGAAAAAGAGCGGGAAUCCCGAACAACCAGCCCUCCGCCGCCGCCAGCUCAUUCCGUUCGGAAGAAUUCGCACAUGCCCGAGAUUUCUUCAGAGAAAGCCCCUUCCCAUGCGGCCACUAACAAUAGUAAUUCAGUUCUCAAGAGCCUCUUCCUAAACUUGAGACCCUACAACCAGGAAGAACAACGUGUUACCCACAGCAAAAGUGGAGACAAAGAUGAGAUAAACCACAGGGCCAUCUCCAAAGAACCACAAACGACAGGAGAGGAGGAGGAGGAGGAGGAGGAGGAGGAGGAGGAGGAAGAAGAAGAAGAAAAAGAGGAGGAGGAGGAGGCCAGAAGGAAGGCGAUGAGGAGCACAGAGAUGUUGGGAGGAGUUGAGCCAGCAGGGUGUCAUGUGCAUCCUGACCACCAGGGCUUCGGUGAACCUCCCAGUCAGCCACCAGCUCCAGCUCAUCACCGGUCCCUGGAGAAGAACCCCCACAGCCGCUCUCCAAGGCCCUCUGCUGUGCGUCCGGCAGGCCGUUUGGACCCAGUCCAGCUCCUAUCCCACGGCGCUGAACAGCCUCCGAUCGUAUCAAACGGGCCCCUGACCCGGCCUCAGAGCCGACCGCCUCUGACCUCCAUGAAGGGGCUGCUGUCGAGCCUCUUCAAGACUCUGGACCCUGCUGCCUCUCCCUUUGGAAAUUAGGGUCCUAAUGUUUCCUUAAACAGAGGGAAAGUUGUUGCUUUUUUGUUAUUAAAACGUUUUUUUUCUGCAAAGAAAUUAAUAUUCUGCUUAUUAAGAUCUUAUUGAUCUGCUUAUUUUAUCAAUAUAAUUAUAUUUUAUAAAUAUAAUAAUAUAAUCAUACAAAAAUGAUUAUAAUUAUAUAAAUAUUUAAAUUUUUAUGUGAAAUGUGUCGUAACCGAUCAUAAUCUGAUGCUUGCGUUACAGUCCUCUUCACCACUAUUCAGCUGACAUAAGUCUAUUUCGCACCGUCUUUAUUCACAUAUAAUAAAGAAGUAUGCGCCAACACUAGAA